AUGCACAACUCCACUGCUGUCACAGAAUUCAUCCUGCUGGGGAUUCCCAAUUCUGAAGGGUUGGAGAGUAUGCUGUUUGUCCUGUUUUUCUUCUUCUAUCUGUUCACCUUACUGGGGAAUCUGCUCAUCUUCCUCACUAUUCUGGUUUCCUCCAACCUUCAUACCCCCAUGUACUUCUUCCUUGGAAACCUGUCUGUGUUUGACAUUUUCUUCCCUUCAGUGAGCUCUCCUAAAACGAUGCUCUAUCUAAUAGGACAAAGUCGAGCCAUCUCAUACGAGGGAUGUGCCUCCCAGCUCUUUUUCUAUCAUGCCCUGGGCGGUACUGAGUGUUUCUUGUACACUGUGAUGGCCUAUGACCGCUUUGUGGCUAUCUGCCACCCUUUGAGGUACACUGUUAUCAUGAACUACAGGGUGUGUAUUGGCUUGAUCCUGGGCACUUGGCUGGGUGGCUGUCUACAUGGAAGCAUCCUUACGUUUCUUGUCUUUAGGUUGCCCUACUGUGGUCCAAAUGAGGUGGACAAUUUCUUCUGUGAUAUCCCGGUGGUCCUGCCCCUGGCCUGUGCCGACACCACUCUAGCCCAGACAGUGAGUUUUACUGAUGUGGAUGUAGUGACUCUCAUGUGCUUUUUCCUGAUCCUCGCUUCCUACGGUCUGAUUAUGUUCUCCAUAUUGAAGAUGAGCUCCUCUGAAGGCAGGCGCCGAGCGUUCUCGACCUGCAGUGCCCAUCUGAUUUCCAUCCUCUUGUUCUAUGGGCCUGUGAUGCUCAUCUACCUCAGACCUGCUUCUAGCCCCUGGCUGGAUUCUGUCAUUCAGGUGCUAAAUAAUAUUGUCACUCCUUCUCUGAAUCCUUUGGUUUACACUUUGAGAAAUGAGAGUGUGAAAUUGGCUCUGAGGAAAGUGCUGACUCGGGUAGUCCCUGCUUCUGUGGGAUAA